CGAAGAGGAGCAGUAGCAGACGAUGGUACUUCGUGGUUCGUGCCUCAAUAAUCUUUCUGAUUAUAAGUUUCACAUGCUGUUAUUUACAAUUCGUAGCCAACUUAAGUAAUUGUGUAGUUGUGUUUUAAAAAAAGGCUGUAAUGUUCUCACUGGGUAAAAAAUCGAAUCCUACCUCCAAACCCAAAUCAAAUGAACCUAUUGCGGGAUCGAAACCAAAAAACCUUGCACAAUUUGGUUUUCUAGACAUGGGGUUUCAAAAUGAUGGGAUGGCUGGAGGUGGAGAUAGUGAUGAUGAUCUUGAAGCUGAACUUGCUGCCUUGACAAAAGGCACAAAACCAAGUCGUGAGAAAAAAACCAAGAAAAUGAUUUCUGAGAAAGAACUUGCUGCCUUGGUUUCUAGCAGCAUGGCUGAUAUACCAUCUGAUGCUGAAAUUUCAGACAUAGAUGAUGCGGAAGUUGAAGAUGAGCUUGGAGAACUUUGUGGCAAAGAAGAAGAUCCAGAACCUUCAGAGAUACCAAUUCAAGCUCCCACAAUGAAUACUGAAGGAAUCAUCAAACUGCUGAAUGAAAGGAUAGACAUGUAUAAAGUGGCUGAAAGUAAUGCCAGUAAAAUGGGCGAUACAACAAAAGCAAGAAGGUUUAAUAGAGGAGUAAAAUCUUUAAAUGAUAUGCUUAAGCAAACACUUUCAGGAAAAGUUAUUUCUAUGGAAGAUAUCCCUCCUCCUUUGGCAGAAUCAAAUAAAACUUUUGCGAAAGCAGUUCCGAAAGAAGACGUUACGAUUACGGAUAAUUUAGACGUAUCAGUUUCUUCAAAUAAAGGCGACACUCCCGUUCCUGUCCUUCCAUCGAAACCUAUGGUUCCUGUGCGAGUUGCCCCUCUACCCCCAGGCACCGCGCCGCCUAUUCCUCCCAGAGUACUAGUGCCUAAUUCUGUAGCUGAAAUUGAUCAGCACAAACCCAAUGAUUACGUUUUGACCCAGCCUUCAAAAGACAUUGAAAAUGCAUUAGCACGUAGACAGGAGUUUAAAAAUGCAGCUUUGCAAGCUAAACGUGCAGGAGAACAAGCAGCAGCAUUGCAAUUUGUUCGUCUAGUCAAAGUAUGUGACCAGAUGGUUGAUUCUGCAAAGCAAGGCCUACCCGUAGAUUGGUCUUGCUUGCCGUCAGUUGACGUCGUAGGAAGUGAAAACAGCAUUCCUUCGAACGUAGUUGAAAAAGUUUCAGAGAAAGAGGAAACGUUAUCAAGCCCAGUGAUACAAAAUGAUAUUAUACCUCGUGCCACGGAGGCAGUAAAAGAACCACAGGUGCCACCCGCUGUAUCUGCUAUACGUAUUCCUCAAUCGACUUUAGAAGCGCUAGAACAACGUUUAGCCAAAUAUCAGAGUGUCAGUCAACAAGCCCAAGAGGAAGGAAAUAGUUCAAAGGCAAGACGAUUUGGAAGAAUUAUUAAGCAAUAUCAGGAUGCCAUCAAGCUUCACAAACUUGGAAAACCAAUACCAUUUGACGAACUUCCCGACCCACCAGGAUAUCCGCCAAUUCCUGGAGCACCGCGAAAAGCAGAAGAAACGGAAAGUUCUUUAGCGUCCCAAACCCAAUCUGGUGAAGGCGCAGCUUCAGAAUCUACUAUCAUAACUCCAGAAAAGCCUUCAGCAUUGCAACCCCCGACUGCUGGUCCGAGCACAGCAAUAUCACCUAAAAUUUCACAAACUAAAACUACAUUGGCAACUCGACAAGAUAAACAAUUGGCUGUAUUGUUAGAACGACAGAGUAUGUUCAAAACAGCUGCACUAGAAGCGAAAAAAUCCGGGGAACUGGAACUGGCGAAAGAAUAUCUACGAAUGGCUAAAGGAUUGGAUCCACUAAUAAGUGCGAAUAAAUGCGGAGUACCUGUUGACAUGGAUACGUUACCGAUUCCUCCGCAAAUGAAACUUCGGUCAUCCGAUAAAAAAGGCGUCCCAAUCAAAUCAGAUGGUUCAUCGGAGGGUUCAUUUAUGGAUGACUUCGUAGUGCUUUCAAGCGAAGACUGUAUACCUAUGCCAACCGGCGAUCAAAACAGUUCCGGUAUUUUUGGGCAGUUGUAUAAUGAUCUAUUGGCGCAGUUAAAGAUGUGCACCGAUAAUCGCGAACAUUACAAAUUAAUUGGAGACAUAGCAAACGCCAAUCGAUUUGACCAAUUGGCACUCCACACUCGAAAAGAUUUAGAUGUGAUACGCAGCUCAGCAGUGAGAGGUGACACCAUACCACGAUGGAAAAACGAAAUGAGAACUUUUUCGAUUGUCAAGUGUUGUACCGAUUUGAAAGAUGACGAUAUGGAAGUGACGAUUAUCCGGGGACUUUCUUAUAAUGUAGCGAAUCCCAAAACUAUCGAUACUUACGCGAGAUUUGAAGUUCCUAUUCCAUCUUCCGACAAUCCGACUAGGGAGAAAACCAAUACUGUCAAAGAUACAAACAGUCCCGAAUAUAAUGAGACGUUUACGGUCACUAUAAAUCGACAAUCACGUACUUUGCUUCGCGUUUUCAAAGCGAAGCUCAUCAAAUUUGAAGUUUGGGCUAAAGGUGGAUUCUUGCGCAGCGACGUUCUCAUAGGAACGGCAUCAGUGAAACUGGCGGAUCUACUAAAUCACUGUCAGAUCCAUCAGGCCGUGGACUUAAUGGACGGAAGGAAACCCGUGGGAGGUAAACUGGAGGUUAAAAUAAGACUUCGAAAUCCUAUCGUUGGGAAAGAAACGGAACAGGUACAAGAAAAAUGGACUGUUCUUACAUAUUGAAACAGUUAUAUUCAGUGAACUUGUAUCCACAACUAGCACACACUACCUAUAGCGGCUAUUUCCCACCUACCUUUGCAACUUUUUAUGUAUGUGUUGCUUGAUUUUUUCUCUUUUGGCCAGUUCUGAAUCCCGACUAAAUCUGAAAUGGAAAAAAACUACCGAUUUCUCUGUACCAACCGACUCGCAACGGACUCUUCGCAGUUCCAUUCGUGUCCAAAUGUUACACGCUUUAUUGAGAUAUGAAUGAACUGGUUCAAACAUUACCUUUUUUGUAUGGAAACCGAGAAUAUAUUUUUCUUCCUCAAGGGAAGGAGAAAUCUGAA